AUAAUCACCUUCUGUCCUAUGCUGCUCUUCAUCCGUUAUGUGCUUACCUUGAGUGCAGCAUACCUCAUACUAUCUGUGAGUCCUAUACCCCUGAAACCGCUCGCCUCAAACUGAUACACCUCGGUGAUAUUUUCUGCAUAGGUCCUCGCGAUGCUCGUUGCUGCACCAUUCGAACGGUCUUCGGAGGUUGUAGUUUGUGAUACACUGCUUGUCAAUCCUGGUGUGGCGAGCCUUAUGAGAAGGAUAUUUAAGAUAAUGAAGCCAGGUGCUGCAAUCGCUCGGUAUAUCGCGGCAUUUCCCAUGGCUGCCCUCCGUUGGUCAUGGCCUAUCAUAAAAGAAGUGAUAUCCAAGCUCUGUCAUUUUCUCCGCACUGGUACAGCACGCCUCACCCAAAUUCUAGUAGCGUGCUUCAGCAAAGUUGCGCACAUGUCGUCUAGCGCUGCUCGUUACAUCGCUAUGUUCAUGGUGACUGCACGGGGGUGGCCACUCUUUAUAAUUCACCGGUUUUACGCCUUGCUCACUGCCUGCCUUUGCUGGAUCCCAAUGGGUAUCAAGUCGAUCUGCUAUGUCGUGCAGAGGAAACCAGCCACGAAAGCACAAAUUCCGAUCAUUACCAUAACGCCUGCUGAGAACGAGGAGAAGAGCGCAUGCGAGAGCGUCGAUAUUGCCGCGCUGCUGGAGGAAAUCGGUGAUGGAACUACUAGACUUGAACCACUUCUGGGGGAUGCAAACCCAAGUUUCGCAGAUUGUCCCGAAGAUGGCAUCGUCGACGAGUCGCAGGUAGAUGAUCCCCUCCUCCAUGCAUCUUGCGUCCAUGUCGGUGGUGAAGAGGAGCCUUUGGUUGUCGAACAGCACACCUCAUUUGGCGGACAGGAAGUGCAUACCAAUCGUCCAGACCACGAUAUUAGGCUAGACGCUCCUGACGAUACCGUGCCUGGCGUGAUCACCGGAAAACCUGAGGUUCACGUCAUCUGUUCACGGGAUUCUGGAGGCCUAGUGCCAGUAGUUAAAAUCGAGGGUCCAGAAGCCUAUUUGCCACUAGUGCCUUCCGGGGAUGAUGAAUCAACGGUGACAGCCUCAAUUCCUUGCAAAGCAGGGUAUCCUAUUAUCCGACUGACGCCAAAGGGAAAAGCUCCUGGUGAGCAGCCGACGUACUCGGAAGGAGGCGUCUACCGAAAAACUAUUCCUGGCAGCGCCGAGCUUGGAGCUAUGGAACGAGAUGAUAUCUAUAAUAAUCAGCACGUUCUCAAUUCGUGUAUCAUGAUUGGUGUCCCUGAACCGAAAGGUCCUGGUCAUUGUCCAGGGACUAGGUCAUCAGCGGAUGAAUCCCGUAGCGAUCCAGCCGUGGAAAGCAUAAAGCCUUGUAGGGCCGUCCAGUCCCCACUACCGGCGUAUUCCUUGGCGCUUAGCCGCAGCACGGCCUCUGAGUCGUCAUUAAUCGUCCAGGGCGAGAAUGAAAGGCGGUUUGACACUCCACCUGUUCUGCGUCAAAAGAACAGCAAUCAACUCGAAGACAACAGUCCCAACAGAACAUGCUUGGCGCCAUGUGAUGAAACGUUCAUGCCCGAGGCGAUUAUGGAGACGAAAGUGUCAGUCUUUGCUCCCCCCUCUUCGGCUCCACGGAAGACGAACAUGAAGGAGGGUAGCUUGUUUACGACGAUACCGGAGGCUUCGAUGCCUGGCGAAUUUCCCUCUGUACAGCUGUCUGCCACACACAACGAUCAACUGUCGACAUCUCAGAACACCAAGGAAUGCCCUCCGAGUAUAAAGGAAGGCCCUACUAAAAUAGCGUCAGACGACAAACUUUAUUCCACAUUUAAUUCCAAUCUCGAAGGUCAGGAGCCAAGCAGUGAGAUAUGGGAUUUUUCAAAAUCGGGAACAAACGCACCAUUCCACCGGUUCUUGUCGGCAUCCAUGCACGCUCCUUCGGGACAGUCAUCAGAACAGAAUCAUUGUAUUGGGGGAGUCAUCAAGUCCAGCCCCGCAAUGCCCCAGUCAGGAAGACAGCAACACGUGGUUCUCAGCAAGAACUCCUUGAACAAUCAGGCAGUGUCUUUCACACCGCAAGGCUUGGUUCUGAAAAGCACAUUGACGAGAUAUGACCCGCCUCUCCGACUCGUUGGACCAGGCCUGGAACAAGCCGACCACGCUUUGAAUGUGAACCUCUCCAACCCUACCCAUCCAAGGAAGUACAUGGCUGAUCUACCUGAUCACAUUGCAAAGGCAUACAGACCGCAGCCCUUGCACUCUGCCGGAGCCUACGUGACUCAUCGAAACGUUCCCCCUCGGAUGACUGUUUCGGGUUCCAAUUACAUAACGACUCACAGAGGUCCUUCAACUCGCGGGCCCGUCCCUGAUUGGGCUGCUGAGGCUGCUGCGGAGCGAAGGUCUGUAGAUAUGCAUAUCUCCGCCCCGAAAGUGUAUCUGGGAACGCCAGCAGCCCGCGCGUCCUCGUUGCACCAGCCUUCAGGUACAACGCCACUACGUAUGCCCAUUCCGGAAGAUAUUCUCAGUCCAGCUCCCCAACGUGUCGCAUCCAAAGUGGCCAGAUGGGCCGCCGAAGUAAACCGCGUGCGAGAGCCUGCAACGAGUCAAAUUUUCGAGGGUUCUAGUCUCGAUGCGCAGGUCAAGGGUUGUCGUCAGGAACAGAGGCCGCUCCUUCUGAACCGUAAAACAAACACAACGUUAUCGCGGGACGAUACGCCAGCUGUUUUCCCAAGCACGUCUGGAGCUGCUUAUCAUGGUCAAGAAAAAGCGUCUUCCGAAUUUGUAAAACGGGCCGUUGAAACGCGCGAUCAAGAGCAAACAAAGACUGUCCAGGGGCAGUACAUCUCUUACUACGAAUCCCUUUGUGCGAGGAACAUGGAAGAUAUUAUAUUAGAGGCGAGACGGAUCAACGCGGAUAUGGGGAGGUCGGCUUCGACCCGACAAUCUCCUACUACACUGAGCGACCUCAGCUUGAACGAGUGGUUUAGUCGGGCAAGGGAUCCAAUCUCCGGAGACGACAUCGAGAGGAUGAUCCGUAUGCUCGAAAGGGGGGCCUGAUAUGUAAACUUCCGAUGGACCAUGGUUGCAGGUCUCGUCAUUCAGCCGUCAUGAUUGUUGGAAGAGCCUCAUGCAACGAGCCUGUGAACAAUACUAGUGUCAGUGCGAUUCUGCGUGUUUUUGCCGCCUCUUGUUUUGUAUCAAUGUAACCGUACCUUGAAAACAAAUUGUAUCAGCGUCCGUAAUCCCUCAGACCUCAGAUAGAUCUAAGGAAGUCGUUACUUCUCGUAAAAAACAUUCAUACUCCGCCGUUGCUCGUCGAAACCUAGUCCGAGAGGCACGCGUAC